AUGGCAUGGGCAUUCGGAAUAAUGGGUAAUGUACCGAGUGUGUACUUUCUGGCAAACAAACCUGUGCCUUCCAGGGUGGAUGAUGGCGCCGAGUGGACCCUUUGGAAGAUCGCAAGAGGCUGGGGUCUGACUUUCGGGCCGGUCUUUGCGGUCGUGCUUGUCGUCCUCCUCAGAGCCGGAGUCCCCAGGCAGAAGCGGAUGGCAUUCGUAGCCCUGGUAUUCGCGAUGUCCCUCGCGGUCAUGCUUUUACUCAACAACGUCUUGAGGGACGAGACGUGGAGCGUCCUCGACAUGCUCGCACUGAGCAUUUCCUUCUGUGGGGUGACCGCAUACAUAGUCACCAGCGAGCCCAGGGGCAGGAUCGCACGUGGUGGAGACCCUGGCUUGGAAGGCAGUGGUUCUCGGCGUCUACAACCUAAUGUGACGUUAAAUCAAGCCGUCAAUCCUUCUCACAUACCCAGAGCCGAACUCGAGGCGGAUGGCAACUCCGAGGUUGUGCAGUCGUCUAUUCCGAGCGGUGAACAACUAGUCAUCGGCGACGGAGAGUCACGCGCAUGA